UCCAAACACGAAACCGACCCUAAAAUAAUUAAAAAUUGCCCCCCCCAAAGUUUUUACCCCCAAACCCGAGGAGGAACCCUAACCCUAGGCGCCCCACCCUGUGCACGAAGCAGAAAUGUUUUAUAUCUUCAUAUCUGCGCUUCUUUCUUAUAUCUGCGUGAACCGAUAGAAAGAAAUUGAAUCUGAUUUUUUAUUUUGUAUUUUUCGUUUGGGGUUGAUAGCGUAUUAGGGUUGGUUUGAAGGUAAUGGUAUGCGGCAAGUUUGGAGGCGGUGAAAUUGGGUAGUGGAGCCGAUGACCGGCCAAGGCAGAUGCCGGAGACGGGGGAAAUACAUGGCCGGUGGUAGUGGCGCCGCAGAAGGGAAGAAAAUAGUCGGCAAUUUGAACAACCCUAAUUUGAAGCGUGAAAUUACUGAAAAGCCCUUGAUUUCUCCAAGAAUUACAAAACGGCCCCCGACUUCUUCGGUUGAUUUUCUUGAUUUAUAUACUCAAGCUCGCAAGGCACUCUCGUUUACUUCUCCUUUUGAUUCCGAGGAUUCGCAGGCGCGUCAAUCGAUUGCCUCUAGUGCGCCUACUUUACCGAGUGGGGUGUCUCAUUUAUUGGGCAAUAGGCAUUCAGGUGGUAGGAAAAGACGCAAGAAGUUGCAUUCUGGCACGGAUAUAAAAACCUCGAUUCCCGGGAAGCUACGGGAGAGCAAUAUCUGGGUUGAGACCGAGGAGUAUUUUCGAGAAUUGAAUGUUGAGGAUAUCGAGAAGUUUGAUAGGAUUUCAAGCGUUGGGUUUUCCAUUAACGAUAAGAGUUUCUUGAUUCCGUUCUUGAAUGAUGAUGGCAAUCCGCUUUGUCGAGAUAGCACAACUAAUGGGAUGCUUACUAGUGUCAGGAAGAACUAUAGUUUAAACUUGGGAAGCGUUGUAGAAUCUAGUGAUGUUGGGAAGCUUGAACAUGAUGAUGGAACGAUGGCUCAAGAAGGGAAUGAACUCCAAGUAAUGGAUAUGAAUGGUUUCAAUAACCGAGCAAAAGAAUUGGAGAAUAAAGGAGAUAACAAUAGGGAAAAAAGUAAGGGAAUUGGGAACAAUCGUAGAUCAUUUAGUGGUGUGGAAUGGCUAUUAGGAUCUAAAAGAAAGGUUUAUUUGACCUCAGAACGACCCUCCAAGAAACGGAAGCUUUUAGGGAGAGAUGCAGGACUGGAGAAGUUGCUGGUGGCCUGCCCAGUUGAAGGUUCAGAGGAGGUCUGUCAUUAUUGCAGUUUUGGGGACAUGGGUGAUCCCUUAAAUUUCUUGAUCAAGUGUGGUUCUUGUGGUAUGAUGGUUCAUCAAAGGUGUUAUGGAGUUCAAGAAGAUGUCAAUACUUCUUGGUUGUGUUCAUGGUGUAAAUGGAAAAAUGCUGUCGAUACAAGGAUUGAGACACCAUGCUUCCUUUGUCCGAAGCAGGGGGGAGCGCUGAAACCUGUCCAGAAAAGUUGUUUUGGAAAUGAAAGUGAGGGCUGUAAGGUAGAGUUUGCACAUUUGUUUUGUUGCCAGUGGCUCUCUGAGGUGUAUCUGGAGAAUACCAGGACAAUGGAGCCGAUCAUGAAUAUAGGUGAAUUGAAGGACACAAAAAAGAAGAUGAAUUGUUAUUUGUGCAAGGUUAAGUAUGGUGCCUGUGUCCGGUGCAGCAAUGGAUCUUGUAGAACUUCAUUUCAUCCUAUUUGUGCAAGGGAGGCAGGGCACAGAAUGGAGAUUUGGGGAAAACUUGGAUCUGAUGAGGUUGAAUUGCGUGCGUUUUGUGGAAAACAUUCAAAGGUUCAGUUUGAUAGUGACAAUCAGCGUACUGGAGAGACGUCUUUGACAGCUGAUGGAGAUAAUGGUAAGCACUAUGUGGUGUUUGAUGGAGAUGAAAUUAUUGACAAGAGAAAAAAUUCUGAGUCUCUAGAGGAAAAUAAAGAUGCACAACAACAUGCCGCAUUGUGUUCGGAGAAUGGAAAAGUCAGUAAUCUCAACAUACUCAAUUUCACUAUGAUGCUGAAGAGGCUGAUUGAACUAGGGAAGAUCAGUCCUAAAGACGUGGCCUCAGAGAUUGGUGUUUUGCCAGAUUCAUUAAACGCAGUACUCACUGAUGAUCACAUGGUUCCUGAGUUACAGUAUAAACUACUGAAGUGGUUGAAGAAUCAUGUUCACUUUGGAAACUUACAGAAUGCUUUGAAGUUGAAAAUUAGAUCACUCAUAACACCCAAAUCUGUUGAUGAUGUGGCUGAAUGUGUUGGUGCUAUUUCAGAGGACGGGUCUAUUAUUUCUGAUAGUGUUCCAGUUAAAUCUGUUCCACCUCGAAGGAGAACCAAAAGCAACCUGAGGACCAUGAAUGAUGAUAAGUUGUUCUCCUCUAAGGACAAGAAUUCUGAUGAAACCUCUGCAGGUGAUGCAGAUUUAUCUUUAAUUCAGGGAAAAGCUUUGUACGGUCCAUCUGUAGAGUUUUUGGUGGACAAUGCCCAGAAGAUACUAAUUGAUUCCCAGCAGCUGCAAGAUAAUCCAGCAAACAAUUCUACUAGAAUUGAAGGCAAAGUUACAGACUUAGCCCAUUGUCUAUCUGAUGAAAAUCUAGUGGAUGGGAGUAAUCAAGGUCCACGAAUGAUAAUGUGUUCAUCUGACUUAUUAAAUGGGGAUGUUCACUGUGCUUCAUACAUGCAUCCAUUAAUCUAUUGUAAAUUGAUGCAAACCAAUGAUGAAUCACUUGAGAAAACUGCAUCGGACCAGUCUGCAGUUUUGAUGGAUGGAGAAGCUUCACAGUUAGAAACAUCUUCUAGUUCAGACCUCUGUAGUAAUAACAACCUGCAAGCACUGUCCGGAGGCUGUACUUCUAAAUGCGAUGAAGUGAAUCUUGAUCAAUUUCUUUGGGCAAAAAAUAUGGAUAUGCUAAAACUGUCACCAUCAGAUGAAUUGGAAGGAGAACUUCUAUAUUAUCAGCAAAGGCUCCUUGCCAAUGCUGCUGCUAGAAAACGCAUGAGUGAUAAUUUGAUUGCAAAAGUUGUUGGAAGUCUUUCAAAGGAAAUUGAUGCUACUGGAGAACGAAAAUGGGAUACUGUAUUAGUUAGUCAGUAUACUCAUGAGCUUCAGGAGGCAAAAAAGCGGGGAAGGAAAGAGCGUCGUCAAAAAGAAGCUCAGGCUGUAUUUGCUACUGCAACUGCUGCAACUGCAGGUUCAUCUAGAGUGUCAUCUAUCAGAAAAGAUAACUUAGAUGAAUCGUCGCAACAGGGUCUUCCGAAGAAUGCAUACGAUAUGAGAUUCGGUUCUCAAUCUAAGUUGAAUCUCAAAUUGAAACAGUCUAUUCCUACACCAGCCAUCAUGAGAUCCUCAUUUGAUGCAAACUCUGAUUCUGCCCAGUCAACUUUAAAAGACCAUCCUAGAACCUGCGACAUAUGCAGACGUCCUGAGACAGUUUGGAAUCCAAUUUUACUGUGUUCAAGUUGCAAGGUUGCAGUUCAUAUGGGUUGCUAUUGUCAUGUUAAAAGCACAAUAAUUCCAUGGCAUUGUGAACUGUGUGAAGAAUUAUUGUCUUCUCUGGAUUGUGGAGCCGUAGCAACAAAUUCUUGUGAAAAACCUUACAUGAUUGCAGAAUGUGGCAUAUGUGGUGGUAGUGCGGGUGCUUUUAGGAAGUCGGAAAAUGGUCAUUGGAUACAUGCCUUUUGUGCAGAAUGGGUUUUAGAGUCAACAUACAAAAGGGGACAAGCAAAUCCUAUUGAGGGAAUGGAUAAUGUUGUAUGUGGAGUUGAUACAUGCACUGUGUGUCAACACAAACAUGGUGUCUGCCUUAAGUGUAGUUAUGGUCACUGUCAGACUCGAUUUCAUCCCACCUGUGCCAAAAGUGCUGGUUUUUUCAUGACUGUGAAGACUGAUGGUAGCAAAGUGCUCCACAAGGCUUAUUGUGAAAAGCAUAGCAUAGAACAAAGAGCAAAGGCCAGCACUCAAAGACAUGGAAUUGAAGAGUUCAAGAGUCUCAAACUUGUUCGGGUUGAAUUGGAGAGGGUGCGCCUUCUAUGCGAAAGAAUCAUCAAAAGGGAGAAAUUGAAGCGUGAGCUGGUUCUCUGCUCCCAUGAUGUUCUUGCCACAAGUCGAGAUUCUGUUCUAUCUGCACUGGCUCGCCACCCCUUUUACCAACCUGAUUUCAGUUCAGAGUCAGCUACAACCUCUGUUAGAGGUCUCACCGACAGCCAUAGAUCAGGCAGUGGAAGUGUACAAAGAUCAGAUGACAUAACUAUUGACAGCACAGUUGCAGGUAAAAGACGAGUUAGGCUCCCCACAUCCAUGGACAAUGACGACAGUUCGACUUCUCAAAACCUCAAUAUGGUGAAACCUCAAGAGAGAGCAUCAUUCUCAGGGAAGCAGAUUCCCCAGCGAGGAAUUGCCGCACGGAGCCUAACAGAAUCAAGAUACAGAGAAAAUAAUCAAAUUCUUGAAAAGAAGCUCCAAAUGAGUUCAGACCAAGCACCCAUGAAAAAUCAGUGGCUACUAUCUAAUCAAUUUGCCUAUGCCCAGAUUCCAUUUCUGUCCAGGGGGGAGAUGGUGCCAGAAGCAUUUCCCCAUGAGCCAGAGAUUGUGAUAGAUGAACCAUUUCCACCAUCAAAAUGAAGUGAGCUGCCUUUUAGUUGUAUGAAGCUGCUGCCUGGUAAAGUUGGUCUGUACAGGAACUCAAUUAGAAUUGGAGGCAAGUACUACCCAUUCGGUUGUAUAAUCUCAUUGAAUGCAGAACGCAAAGGAUUGAUUUUCAAAACCACAAAAAAACGAACAUUAG